AUGUCAUAUUCGCAGGUAGUUUCAUUCCCACAAUUCCCACAACACAAGGCACUCAUAACUCUAUUCAAAAAUGUGCUACCAGAAACCAUUUCCACAAUUAAACAACAACUAAUUCAAGCCAAUCCUAAAUACGACUACUGUUUCUUAAACACCAAGUACAUAAUCUCACUAGAACAAUUAGAAAACUCAAUCCAUAAAUCAAUACUCAACAAACACAACAAUUCAAUGCAAGCAAAUACAUUGAACACGGAGAUUUUGUUGAAUUUAUCACCAGUCAAUGUCAUUUCUGAUGCUAUAAAACGGUUUGGUAUACUGGAUGAUUGUUCAAAUACGAUAGUGGUUAAAGUUAUACUGCCUGAUGAUGAUACUGAACAAAUCCAGAAGGACCUUGCCAAUUUAGUUGAUGGAGAAAAUGUUGCAAUUACUGAUGAGAUAUUGUUAGAGUUAGUUGAUGUGUCCAAGUUUAAGAAAGUUUACAAGUUGAAUGAUGCUGUCAUUGCUCCUGAUGUAAAUCUUCAAUGGCAAUUGACCAGGUUGGCUAUUGGAGCAUGUCUUCUAAGAGGUUAUUAG